AUGGCGCAACAUCGAAUGGGCGAAGGAUGGUCUUCGAAAAACAAAAUCCCUACCGUUCAACAGUAUGAAGCCGAAGUGGAAGCGCGUGAACAUGAAAAUGAUCCAAACCAGAAGCAGAGCUGGCUUAACUGGUUGAGUGGGUCGUCCGAGAACAAAGAUGGACAGGAUGUGCCCGACAACCAAGUCCCCACCGAGACGGGGGUAAACGAGCAGCAGUUUAGAAAUCUUCGCCGUGGACCCAACGAUGGCGGCGGUGAGGAUGCAACGGUUGUGGUAUCACCCGAUGACUCAACCCAUCUGACCAAUGCUCCCCACGACCACAACCAUGGCACCGGCCCGUCGUAUAUGACAUCUAAUCCAAGUAAGCAGCAGAGUCCCACGUACUUGAGCAACCAACAGAGUCAUGGAAUGCAUGACUUGGCGUAUUUGAGGCCCAUUCAAUCGCGAGCAAACAUGGCUGAUGGUGCGGCCCAAAUGGGCCAGCGGCAGUCAAGCCGGCCGUCCAACGCGGUGGGCCACCACGCUUCUUCUGGCACGGAGCUGCCGUCAUUUAAUUCCAGCGAGUCUUCUUCUUUGCGCUUUGGCGCAGCCGACAGCCAAAACAGACAGCCCCACGGAAACGUGAAAAAGGUUGUCGAGCCCGGUUCAAGCGCGGUUGCGGACUACGGUGCGCACCUGGGCGGCAAGGCGGAUGGCUCAAAUGCAUCUGAAAGCAGUCCAUCGCGCUCAGACUCAAAGAACUCGAGCUUGCUCCGGAAGCGCUUGCUUCGUCGUAAUGCAUCGGAUAAACAGAGUAAUGCGCCCAGCAACGAUUCGAACCGCCCCACCGAUCCCGGCUCGAUCGUUUCCGAUGCCGGCGGCGGUGAGGAAGAGAAGAAGCGCAUCAAGGAGGCUGCAGAAGAGAGCCGCCGUGGACCGACGAACAAGUUUACUGCCAAAGGUGAGCGCAUUGUCAAGGACCCCGUGACCGAGCGGGAAGUGGUAAUCAGUGACAGUGAGAAGAUCGGGGACGUCGAUCUUCGUAAAGUUGACUCACGCUAUCCUAAUGGUCUGUCCGAGGCGCCGCUGCCUGCCGAUGCAGAGCUUAGUGACAAAUACACGUCGCCCAAAAAAGUCCCUACCUCCUCGGUUCUCCUGCAACCGUUCCCCGCGCCUGUCGAAACAGACGCGAUGAAGAAGCUCGGCGAGUCAUUUGAGAAGGUCUCUAUCGUAUUUGGCAUCGUUUUCUUUUGUGUCUGGGCCAUCUCUGCAUUCGGACGUGGUUACAUCGCCUUUUUCAUUCGUACGGCUGUCAUUGGCGCGACCUGUGUCGGUGGCUACAUGGCCAUUGGCAUUGCUCAGCGCAACAUCCACAAAGAGUUUCACUCUUUACGCGCUGGUAUGCACGCUCAGCGAGGUCGGAAAUGGAGUCCGCCCAUGCCGGAAAGUGUCGAGUGGCUCAACGGUAUGAUUGCAGUGAUUUGGAAACAGAUCGAUCCCGAUGCGUUUGUAGGCAUGCUCGAUAUGGUCGAGGACAUUAUGCAGGCUUCGCUACCUGGCUUUAUCCAAGCGGUCAAGAUCAGCGACUUUGGCCUCGGUGCCAAUCCGUUCCGCUUGAUUGCAAUGCGCGCAUUGGCUGAUAUCAUGACUGAUCCAGAGUACCCAAGGAAGACAUGGAUUGAGCACAAAAAUGAGGAAGAAAACAAUGACACCGAAGGACAAGACAACGGCAUUGUAGGCGAUGUCCAGCACGAUGAGCGCGCCGAUAGGGCAGGCGACUUUUUGAACAUGGAAGUCAGCUUCUGCUAUGCCGCUUUGCCGGGCGAGGAUACGACGGAGCGUGCGAAAAAUAUCCAUUUGCUCAUCGAGUUCUUCCUUGGUGCGUUUGACUGGAUUGAAAUUCCGCUUCCGAUUUGGGUCCAAAUUGAGCAGGUGAUUGGCACGGUUCGUUUGCGCGCACAGAUCACCUCGGAGCCGCCGUUUUUGCGCAAUGUGACUUUCUCGCUCAUGGGUGUGCCGCAAGUAUCGAUUAGUGCGAUUCCUAUGGUGCGUGUACUUCCAAAUGUGCUCGACUUGCCGCUUAUUUCAAAUUUCGUCCAGUCGUCUAUUGCUGCUGCUUGCAACAUGUAUGUCGCGCCGAAGAGCAUGACGAUGAACAUGUCGCAAAUUCUCAACAGCGACGGCGUCAAGAAAGACACGGAAGCGCUGGGUGUUUUGCGCGUCGACAUUCGCUACGCCUAUGACCUAUCUUCGCAGGAUGCCAAUGGCAAGUCGGACCCCUACUGUGUGCUGAGUUUCGCCAAAUUUGGUCGUCCCUUGUACGCUUCUCGCAUUAUCUUCGAGGACCUCAAUCCUGUCUGGGAAGAGACUGCCUUUUUGCUAGUUUCGCAAAACGACUUGCGCUCCGAUGAAAGUCUGUCUAUGCAGCUUUGGGAUUCUGAUAAGCACACUGCAGAUGAUAUUGUUGGCCGUGUUAAUGUUCCGCUCCGCUCUCUGGUCCGCAAGCCAAACGAAAUGACGGACUAUUUGUCGAAGCUGAUGGGCUUUGAAGAUGCAGACUCGAUGCCAGGUAACGUCAAGUGGAGCGCUGGGUUCUUUGAAAAGGUCAAGCUGAACAAGGACCUUGUUCAGCACCCCAAUGUGGAGGAAAUGUCCGAGGCCGAGCGCGAGACGCUUCGCAAGCCGUCGGCUGCUGACGCUGAGCAAGAGGCGCUGGCACUGGAUACGCCGCCUGAUCCCCAGUGGCGCAGUGGUAUCCUGAGCGUUAUUAUCAAGCACAUCGAAGGCCUCGAUCGCCGCGAAGUGGAAAAGGGUGUGUCGGGCAGUGAUCGCGAAGGCUCGCAUGGUCAAGACGUUGGUGUGAGCUCGACGCAUCUUCCUUCUGGCUACUGUGAGCUGAGCGUGAACGACAACAUGAUUUUCAGGACGCGCGUCAAGCAGUACUCCAACAUGCCCUACUAUAAUGCAGGCACGGAAGUGUUCGUGCGCGAUUGGACAACAUCGGAUCUCCGCGUUAUUGUGCGUGACUCUCGUGUGCGUGAACACGACCCGAUCAUGGGCAUUGUCGACCUUCGCCUGAAGGAUCUCUUCUCCAAGGCGUCGCAAAUCGAGCAAGCGUUUAGUAUCCAGGAUGGUGUCGGCUACGGAAAAGUGUUUUGCAGUUUCGUCUUCAAGGCCGUCUCUUUGAAACUCCCGCUCGAACUCCGUGGAUACAAUACAGUCAGCGUCGAUAUCAUGUCGAGUGUCAAGACCGAGGGUCUGGAUGCGGAAUGGUCCAAGAAACUCAAGAGCGAGCGCUUGUACAUCACUGCAGGCUUCUUUUCCAAGCGCGUUUGGGGCCUACGCAAACACAAGGAUGUGGAUGACCAAGGCCCUCUCUUCUCCAUUCCUGUCUACGACCGUUACUCGACCCUCGUGGCGUUCGAGUUUGGUCGAAGCCCUAUCCCGGGAAUACGUCGUCCCGACGCCGUGGCCAUCUUGCCGCUUCGCGACCUGGACGACAACCAAAUGACAGAGGUGGUGCUGCCGGUGUUCACAAGCAAGAACAACUAUAUGCUCUCGCGCAACUACAUCAACGACCAGACGGUCAAGACACACGAUGUGAAAGAGGUCGGUUCCAUCACGGUCAUGGUCCGUGUCAAUUCCGGUUUCUCCGACUGCCACCGGCAAAUGCUGGAUGGCCAGCGCGACAAGCACGAAUUUGAAGUGUAUGAGCGCCUUGUUGGCCUCCCGCAGCGUGCCGAGCAAAACUCGCACGCGAACGAUGACGGUGUCAUUACGCGCCAUGAGAAGAAAGACAUUAACCGCGCACAAACACAAGAACUGCAUAUGCGCCACCGCGGUGCCAUGGGCUAUACACCUGUCCGUGUCGCCGUUUGGGCCAAGGAUGGAUUUAAGGACCACAUGUCGCAACUGCGCAACACGAUUCUAGGAAAGGAAUCGCGCGACCAAUACGUCCACACUGAAAUUUGA